UGUAAUCACUCUUGGACUUUCUCAUACAGGUGUUGGCAACCUGCGGCCCUUGGGCAGGGAUUGGGCAUCGCAAUGUGGACUUCCUGAUGAGGAGCGCCAACAAUAGAAAGUUGCUAGCAUGUGAAAUAAGAUGCUAACCUGCUAAAUACAGUAGAUCCACGCUCAUUCUUGAUUCAGAUUUCAGAUUUUUUUCUCCAAAAAUAGGCAGCUUUUCAACUAGCAGGACGGUUUGGAGGGGGAGGCGUGAGCCGUGUGUCAAAGAUAGACAUUUUUACGGGCGUAUCGAUUCCUCGUUUUUCGCCAUUCACUGGCUCUGUUGUACUAACAUUAGACACAAAGGACCUUGCAAAAGCAGGCGUCCGUGUUCCGAACAGGCUGACACGGAGCAUCAGUGCUGCUAAACGGGUCGUUCCCAGGCUGCAGCCCCACAGGUGGAGUCGGGAUCGGAUCACUAACUGGAACACUGUGUUCCAACCGGCACCAUGCAUUAAAAGGAGGAGUGUGUGCCAGCAUCUUCGCCUCCUGACCCCACCCACUCAGGAAACGUCCACUUAGGCUCAAACGCUACUGCUUGCUGCAUUGAAUUAUUCAUGAGCCCCUCGUUAAAUAUUCACGUGUGAACGAAGUCCACAUUUAGAUUCCUAUUUUGGUCCCCCCCCGCCCCGCUCGCUGAUAAGCGAUCCACGUGUUGUCGGCUGGCCUCGCCUGAUGAUGUGGACUAUUUCCAGUCAUUCCGAUUAAUGUUAUUGAUUAUUAUGUCGUGAAAUUGCGGCCUGCAGUUUGUUUUUUAUUGGUCCAGCGGAUUAUUGUAAUAAUUGGGGGAAAAAUGGGGGAAAAAAUAGAGCAAAAAGAUACAAUGUAAGGAGAAAAGGCCCCCCCCCCCCCCAUCAUCACGGAGCAUUUGGUACAACGUCCUUCCUCUUGAAGUGAAUGUUUGUUUACAAGUGAGCUCAGGGGACGUCAACGUCACAGACAGGAGGAAAAAGGUUCGCUUCAUUUGCUCACAUGCACAGUUGGGGUAAUCUGGCCUCAUUGGAGCGUUUUUUUUAAUUAUCUGUCAUCUGACCUAAUUUAAUGUUAUCGGAUUUAUCGAUAUGACAGCAUAAUUCCUUCGUAUGGGCCCGAUAAUUAUCGUGCACCCCUAAUAUAUACUACAGGAUACAUAACACGCACUUGCAUAAGCAUCGCACUACAACUGUUUCUUACAUUGAAUUACGUGCUUACACACUAAUAUGCAUGCAAAAAAAUAAAUGUACAACCCGCAAGGCAUGCUUGGUAACUUCCCAGCAUGCCUUGUGGGUUGUAAGUGAGUAUUGUAGUAUUGUUUUGCAUUAGUUACAUUGCGUGCUCCACGUAUCUCACCACAUCUGCUUUACGUGAGACGUCGCAUUUUUCCUUGAGCACAACACAAGCCUUUGUCACACUCUGGGUGGAUUUCAAGUGAAACCAUGCAGAACGCAAACAACACACUUAGCACGAUGGCAAUAUCCAAUCAUGUCUGCAAGCGUUGCGUUUGCGUCCCUAAACGACCUAUUUACAGCCUUUUUUCCCCUCGGAUUAUUUCCCAAACACGCCGACAGAGGCUCGUAUUUCACGGCGGAUUAAAGCGGCGCGACGCUAAUUGCAUAUUAAAACAGCCUCACCUUUCUCUGGCCGCUUCUCAGGUGGCGGCGUCCUAAACUGUUAGCGUUUGACGGAUUUGCGAGGGGAGGGAAAACGGGAGGGAAGGAUUUGUUUCGGGGGAGUGGGAAGCAAAUGAGGAGAUUAUUUGUGACAACAAUCCCGUCAUGACAUGACGGCGUCGCGGUGUGAGGGUGGAAUUUGGAGAAACGCUCAUUGUGUUAGCUAAGAGGAAGCCUGAAGAAAGUCAUUUCUGGGAAAAAGCACACAAACGAUGAGCGCACCGACCUCCAUCAAGAUGAGGCAGGAAGCACUCCUCUUCUUCUCUGACCCACAUAGUCUACCUUAGAGAAGCCCCCCUCCCAAUACGGAGGAAGAAGUGGGCCAACCUGGAAGACGCCGGCGUUCUGACCCCUCAGAAUCCACAGGGGAGGCAAAGUGUGGACGUAAUUAAGGCGGGAACAUUAUUGUUUUUUUUAAUGAAGAGGAGGGCUCUUGUAUUGUUGGUGGGCGGAGCUUCUGUUCGAAUAGCAGCAGCCGAGCCACGCCCCCACGCCACUCGGCACCUGGCUGUGUGCAGGAGAGGAUCUCCACCAGGACCGGAGGAACCUCAUCAUCAACAGGAAGGGGAAGAUUGCCCAGGAGGAGGAAGAGGAGGAGUGGGCAGGAAGAGAAGAGGAGAAUGUGAAAGUGUUUUUUUUCUUCUUCUUCCCGCGGAGAAAGCGAGCGUGUUGGAUCCGCUCUUCCUUGGGGGAGGUCUCCCUGGACUCUUGCACCUGUCCACCUCCCCCCGCCCCAGCCUCCCCCCCCCCAACCCCGGACCCCUCAACCCCCCCCCGGACCACCUCGUUGUUGGUGCGGCGACAUGACCUCCUCUUACGGUCUGCACUUCCUGCCUGACAUGAUGGUGGACAGCCGCCUGCUCGUGCCCGCUGACAGGAUUAACGGCACGGCCGGGAAGAUGAACGGCGCGCUGGAGCAUUCGGACCAGCCCGACCCGGACGCCAUCAAGAUGUUUGUGGGCCAGAUCCCGCGCUCCUGGUCGGAGAAGGAGCUGAAGGAGCUCUUUGAGCCGUACGGCGCCGUCUACCAGAUCAACAUCCUGCGAGACCGCAGCCAGAACCCACCACAGAGCAAAGGCUGCUGUUUUGUUACGUUUUACACCAGGAAAGCUGCCCUUGAAGCCCAGAAUGCACUUCACAACAUCAAGACCUUAACAGGGAUGCACCACCCCAUCCAGAUGAAGCCUGCAGACAGCGAGAAGUCUAACGCGGUGGAAGACAGGAAGCUGUUCAUCGGGAUGGUGUCUAAGAAGUGCAACGAGAACGACAUCCGGGUCAUGUUCUCGGCGUUCGGGCAGAUCGAGGAAUGCCGGAUCCUGCGAGGACCCGACGGGCUGAGCAGAGGAUGUGCGUUUGUCACGUUUUCCACCCGAGCGAUGGCACAGAAUGCCAUCAAAGCCAUGCACCAGUCUCAGACCAUGGAGGGCUGCUCGUCUCCCAUCGUGGUGAAGUUUGCCGACACACAGAAGGACAAAGAGCAGCGGCGCCUGCAGCAGCAGCUGGCCCAGCAGAUGCAGCAGCUCAACAGCGCCACCACCUGGGGCGGCCUGACGGGCCUGGGCGGCCUCACCCCGCAGUACCUGGCGUUGCUCCAGCAGGCCACGUCCUCCGGCAACCUGGGGGCCUUCAGCGGGAUCCAGCAGAUGGCCGGUAUGAGCGCUCUGCAGUUGCAGAACUUGGCCACUUUAGCGGCGGCGGCGGCAGCGGCCCAAAACUCAGCCAGCCCGUCCACCGCCAACCCCCUGUCCUCCAACGCCGCCUCCCUGGGAGCGUUGGCCAGCCCAGCAGCGGGCACCACUGCCAGCUCCAAUGCGGGCGCCAUGAACUCGCUGACCUCCCUGGGCACCCUGCAGGGCCUGGCGGGCGCCACGGUGGGCCUCAACAACAUUAAUGCACUAGCAGGUAGUGUCAACAGUAUGGCGGCGCUCAACGGCGGCCUGGGCGGCGCCGGGCUGGCCAACGGGGCGGCGGGUACCAUGGACGCGCUGACGCAGGCCUACUCAGGGAUCCAACAGUACGCCGCCGCCGCGCUGCCCACCCUCUACAGCCAGUCGCUGCUGCAGCAGCAGGGCGCCGCUGGCAGCCAGAAAGAAGGCCCCGAAGGUGCCAACCUGUUCAUCUACCACCUGCCACAGGAGUUUGGAGACCAGGACAUCCUGCAGAUGUUCAUGCCUUUCGGGAACGUGGUCUCGGCCAAAGUCUUCAUCGACAAACAGACCAACCUCAGCAAGUGCUUUGGCUUCGUGAGCUACGACAAUCCGGUGUCGGCGCAGGCGGCCAUCCAGGCCAUGAACGGCUUCCAGAUCGGGAUGAAGCGGCUGAAGGUGCAGCUGAAACGCUCCAAGAAUGACAGCAAACCCUACUGAUGCUAGCCGCUAGCCUCUGUCUGCCCCCUCGUGUUAGCACUGAUAGAACAACCAUCUUCAUGCCUGAUAGCACAUCCUUUGCUACCUAGCAUGACUCGCUGGCGGCCCCCCCACAAAAAAAGUACAAAUUCAUGACCCCCCCCAUCCCACCAUCAACACCCCCUUCUCUUUAAAAAAAAAAAAAAGGAAAAAACCAAAAACAGCGUUCUUGUCCUCACACGUCCUUGUCCUUUUUCUGACGUCCUGGUCCUCCGCCGCCAACACCUACUGAACUUUUUGGGGAUUUUUUUAGCUGUUGCUUUUUUUUAAAUGUUUUUUGUGCAUGUGACAUCAUGUGGACGUGUUUUAGAGGAGGGGGUGUUGCGUGAAGGUAAGAAAAAAUGUGAAACGCUGCAUUCAUUGCUUCAUUUCUCUUCCUCUUUUUGUGUCACUCGUAUUCUAAACGGAAACUUGAACGGUGGCGGCGGCGGCGGCGGCGAGAGAAUAAGACUACUUCCGCACAGUUUGGACUCAAAGCUCACCGGGAUGAUGCUUUUUACACUUUUCAGGCCGUGUAAAGUUUUUUGAUAAGGCUGACUUUCUCAUUCAAAGUCUAUAUAUAGAUCCACUUUUUCUAGAGUAGUUUCCAGGGGAACCACCCCCCCCCCCCCCCCCCCCCCCCCACACACACACACACACACACACACGAGAAAAAGAACAAAAAAAUGGGGGGGGGAAGAAAUGCUACCUACUUGUGUCACCUUUUUGCUGAACUGACUCACAGAUAGACAAUCCGUGGUUGAAAUGCACAUGAUGAAAUAUGACAAACUAUAUUUUCUACUCUUUAGAUGGUACAAAAAAAGACAAAAAAAGCAAAAAAGCGUACGUGUGAGCUGCGUUGACGUCGGUGCUUCUCGUGAGUUUAGUUCCAGUCCAAAAGGGGUCUUCAAUGUCUCAUGUUUUGCUUUUGACGACAAAAUAAAAGAGUUUACUUGAAGAGUUACCAUGGAGUACAGGGCCACAUUGGAAAUAAUCAUCAUGAUAAUGUCAGAUUACAAGAAAAAAGUCCUUUACAAGAAUAAAGUCGUAAGUUUUAAAAAUAAAAUCGUAAAUCUACAAGAAAAAAAGUCAUAAAUCAACGAGAAAAAAGUAGUAAAUUUAUGAGAAAAACAUUGUGAAUUUAGAGAAAAAUUGUAAACUUCAGAAAAAAAAUUAGUGACUAAAGUUGUAAAUGUGCAAGAAAAAAAUCAUAAAUUUAUGACAAUUAAGUCGUACAUUUACGAUAAAAAAGUUGUACAUUUACGGGAAAUAAAGUCAUAAAUUUCUGGGGAUAAAGUCUUAAAUCUACGAGAAUCGAGUCGUAAAUUUACGAGAAUAUACGGGAAAAAAGUAGUACAUUUUUUAGAAUAAAGUCGUAAAUUAAUGAGGAUAAAGUCACAUUUACAAGAAAAAAGUUGUACAUUUACCAUAAAGAGCUCUGAAAACUAAUAUUACGACAAUAACAACGUUUAACUUCAUGUUACAGGCAUUGCCUGAGACAGUUUGACCUUUGACCUUGGUCAAAUGUAAUAUUACGACUUUUUUUCUUGUAAAUUAGAAACUUUAUUCUCGUAAAGUUUUAAAAAAUGUCUUGUAACUUUACAGCAUUUUUGGUGUAAAUGUACGAAUUUAUUUAUUUAUUUUUAAAAAGUCAUAAAGUUCCAGAAAAAAGGUGGAACUUCACGACUUUUUUUCAUGAACUUUAUUCUCCUAAAGUUACUCAAUUUUUGUAAUUUUACGACUUUUUUCGUAAAUCUACGGCUUUUUUACUUGGAACUUUAAAAUCUUUUUUUUAUUUACAACUUUAUUCUUAUAAACUUACGAGAAAAAGUCAGAACUUUAAACUUUCAAUCUUUUUUUCUCGUAAAUUUACGACUUUAUUCUUGUACAUGUACGACUUUUAUUCUUGUAAAGUUACAUUAUUUUCGAAACUUUACAACUUUUUUUCCGUAGAUAUACGACUUUAUUGUCAUAAACUUACUUUUUUUCUCAAACAUGUACGACUUUUAUUUUCAUUCUCGUAAAUGUAUGACUUCAUUCUUGUGCGUUUACUACUUUUUUUUGUUGAAGUUUAGGACUAUUUUUCAUUUUCAUACAUUUAAGACUUUCUUGGCAUAAAUUUCCGACUUUGUUCUCUCUUUGUUCUCUUUGUAAUCUCAGAUAUUUUUUUUUUGUUGAUGUGGCCCAAAUACUCGGUGGUAAGAAAAUAGACAAAGCCUUUCUUUUUCUUUGUUUUUUAACCAGUCCCUCUUUGUUGUUGUUGAAUUAGCUCUAUGAAAUAUAUAUAGAAAUACAAAGAAAUAAAUCUCUAUAUAUAUAUAUAUCUAUAUAUAUAUAUAUAUAUAUAUCUAUACAGUAUAUCUCUAUAAUGUCAGCUUGUGACGCUUCAAUGUCCAUAUUCUUUUGUUUUUUUCUCUCUGGUGGGAAUUUCGAUGUGUUUUUUUGUCUUCUAAGGAGGUUAAAAAAAAAAACAAACAAAGAACAAAAAAAAAGCAACAGUGGAGUUUAGUGCCAAAUAUGGAAGGUACUUCCUGCCUAGCGCGUCCGUGUACUUCUUCUUCUUCUUCUUCUUCUUCUUCUUCUUCUGGUGACAUGAUGAUUUGAUAACAUGCUAUUUUAUUAUCAGUGUUUUCUAUGGAUUCCCUCCUAUUUAAAAAAGAAGAAAAACAGUUUGUUAACUUGUGGUCUUGUUGCCUGAAAUAUGUCAUGUUUGCUUUUUCUUUGGAUUUUUUUCUUUGUAAAAAUGUACAAAAAAAGAAAGAAGUGCCCAUGUUUCAUAUAUGAAUAUAUAUCUAUAUAUAUAUAUCUAUAGACAUGUGUGCGCACACACACACACGCGCGCACAUGCACACUCUCACUUUGCUGUUGUCAUUGUGCACGAAAGCCCCCGAGUGUGAAAGCCCCCGCACGCACGCACACACACACACACGCACACACACACACAUACAUGCGUGCGGCGUUUGUUUGGAAGACAAGCACAGCAGAGGUGGGCGGAGUCUAGAUGUUUACAUGGCACAGUGUUGUCAGUCCACUGCCUGCAAAAAGUACAACAACAACAAAAAAAAAGUCUUUUCUACACGAGCUCACCACUCGCCUUAAACAGGGAGGAGCACUUUUAUCAGAAUCGUACAAAAUGUCGUCUUUGUUCCGUGGGCGUGCUUUCCUGAGGAGGCGGAGCUUCGCCGCUCAAAGCCUGCCAAGCGGGACGGCCCCUCGCGUGUCGAGUUGACGUGGUCCGACCACAAGUCACGUGGACGUUUCGGCGGCCUGCUGUGGGCUUGGGGGCCCUGAGGGGGCGGAGCUACAGAGAAAGUACAGUAGAUCCCCGCCGAUGGCGACAGUUGCGGAGGAUGAAGCGCGAAAUGUGCUGUGUAUAGCAUAUACAGAUAGUGUCAAAUGGACAAAUCGGGGGCGUCCAGGGCCCAUUUGUUCUUUUAAUGGCCUGCGGCAAAUUCUAAAAAUAGAAUUUAACCAGAAACUGGAAUAAAAUCACCAGAACCUUUACACUAAUACUGUACAGUAAAAAUGUUAAGAGAAAGUCGUAAUUUUACAAGAAUAAGGUAAAAUCAUGGGGAGAAGCAAUGUCACUUGAGUGGCACCAAGUUCAAAAUGACAUCAUAUGAAUAUACAGCAUUCCAAACCAAACCAGGACUGAAGUUGUCACUUUUGGAAAACUGGCUUGCGGAACAACUUCUAAUGUUACAAGAAUAAAGUCAUAAUUAUGCAAAGAAACUUGCAAUAGAGGGAAAAUUGAAAGAAAAAUAAAACAACAGCAGAAAUUGAAAAAAGCAGUAAUUUUACGAGAAUAAAGUCAAAAUAUUAAGAUGAAAAAAGGUGGAUCCUAGCGAGAAAAAAUGUCACAAUUUUAUGAGAAUAAAUGGGUAAUAUUAUGAGGAAAAAUAAUUUCAUUUUAGUAACUUAGACUUGAAAUAUACAAGAAAAAAAUAGUCCUAAUAAUUUUGAAAAAGUCAUAAUAUUAUGACAAUCAAAGAAAACAAAAUAAAGUUGUCAUUUUUGGAAAAUUAGCCUGAGGAAAAAGUUAGAAUGUUACAAGAAUAAAGUAAAAAUAUUAUGCGAAUAAAGUCAUAAUUGCAGGCAGACAGUUUAGAAGAAGAAAGUUUAAAUAUUUGGAAAAUUAAAAAGAAAAAACAACAGUAGCAUAAAUGGAAAAAACAGCUGUAAUUUGACGAGAAUAAAGUCCGAAUAUUAAGCAAGAAAGUUCUAUUCUAGCGAACAAUUUUUAGCAAUUUUAUUUGAAUAAUAAUUAUGAGGAAAAAUAAUUUCACUUUAGUAGCAUAGACUUGAACUAAGAGUUCAUAAUAAUUUUUAAUAUUUUUUAAAAAGUCAUAAUAUUAUGAGAAGCAAACAAAGCAAAAUGAAGUUGUCAUUUUUUGGGGAUAAAGUCAAAAUAUUGUGUUAUAUUUGGAAAAUUUAGGGAAAAAAACAGCAGCAAAAAUGGUAAAAUCUGCUGUAAAUUUACAAGAGUAAAGUCACAAUAUUAAGAAAAUAAAGUUGUAUUCUACUAGCGAGAAAAAAAGUUCAAAUUUGAGCAGAAUAAACUGGUAAUAUCAUGAGGAAAAAUAAUGUCAUUUUAGUAGCAUAGAUGUGAAAUAUUCAAGAAAAAAUAGUCAUAAUAAUAAAAAAAGUUAUCAUAUUACAACAAACAAGCAAAAUACAAUAAAGUUGUCAUUUCUAGAAAAUUAGGAUGGGGAAAAGUUAUCAUUACAAGAAGAAACUUUACAAGAAGAAUGUUGUGAUAGUUGGAAAAUAAAAAAAAAAACAGAACAGGAAAGAACAGCAGUAGUUGUACGGGAAUAAGUCAAAAUAUUAGGAAAGAAAAAGUUGCAAUUUUAGGAGAACAUCCUCAUAAUAUUACAGAGGAAAAAUAAUAUCAUUUUAGUAAAAA